UUUGACGUGGCAGCUGUUUCAGGUGGACUGUCUCUAACAGACCCCGUCCCCUACUCCUAGGUGAAGACCCUGAGGCCAGGCGGUUGCGGACGGUGAAGGACAUUGCAGAUCUGAGGCAGAACCUGGAGGAGACCAUGUCCAGCCUGAGGGGAACACAGAUUAGCCACAGAGACCACCUUUGACAGCAGUGUCACCACUGAGAUCAGCGGGAGAGGCAUGCUCAACCUGUCCCCCCGCCCCAACCCAGCGCUGCCCUGGCGACUGUGCCCCUCCAGCCCACGUCUGCAGGCAGGCGACGCCCCCUCUGUGGGGAAUGGGUACGCAGUGGUGAUGCGGGGCAGCUCCAGUGGCAUGGUGAGCCCAGAGGAUGGGCGCUACCUCCGCAGCAGGCAGACACCAGGACAGGAGAGUAACACUGUGUGUGACCUGUCAGACAAGAUGGAAGAGCUGGAGGGCGUUGCCAUAGAGACCACAGGGUACAUGAGCGAUGGGGACGUGCUAGGGAAGAACAUCCACAUGGACAAAGUCACCAGUGGCUACAUGACGGACGGCGGGGUGGGCAUGUACACACGCCGCCUCAACCGCCUGCCGGAUGGCAUGGCUGUGGUCCGAGAGACACUCCAUCGUAACAGUUCCAAGGGCCAAGGGGACGCCACCGACAGUUGGGACGACAGCAGCUCGGUGAGCAGUGGGAUCAGUGACACUAUCGACACAGAUGACAUCAACACCAGUUCCUCAGUCAGCUCCUACGUCAACACUCCGUCCGUCUCCUGCAAGGACAUAGAGGGACAGCUCCAGACGGAAGCAGAGAAGCACUCGGCCAUCGAGCAGAACUCUGUGUGGUCCGGCAGCGACGAGGUCAAGAGGUCAGGCGGGGGCUCGGACAACGGGGUCAAAAUGGAGUCGGGCUCCAAGUAUUGCCGCCACCCCUCAGACAUGUCGGACGAGUCGGACAGGAGCUCCACGGGCCGCAAUACGCCCUCCAUGGCCCACACAGGCUCCUGGAGGCGGGGAAUGAGCGCCCAGGUGGGUGUAACCUCGCCCAGGACCAAGGCUCUCAUCACGCCAGGCUGUGCAAUGCUGAAGACCCAUGUUACAGGUAAAACGGACGACGCCAAGGUGUCUGAGAAGGGCCAACAUCAUCUCUCUCCCCGGGCCAAGUGUAGCAUGCAGCGCUCCCCAUCAGACACGGGCCGCAGCAGUGGAGAUGAGGCCAAGAAGCCCCCCUCCUCCUCCAGCUCCAGCCGCACCCCCACCACCAACACCUUUGGAUUUAAGAAGCAUGCAGGAGGAGGUAUGACCAUGGUGACAGCCAGCGGAGUGACCAUCACCAGUGGCUCCGCCACCCUGGGGAAGAUCCCCAAGUCAGUGCAGCUCCACGGGGGUCGGGGUCUUGGUCGCCAGGCCAGUGUGGAUGAUGGCUACCUACCUGUGAGCUCACACUCCAACCUGCAGUACCGCAGCCUUCCCCGGCCCAGAAGAGCCUCUGGCGGGGGACGCAGCACAAGCCGCUCGUCCAGCACCAGCAUCGACUCCAAUCUCAGCAGCAAGUCCAACACGCUCCAUGGCCCCAAAAGCCGCAGCCAAGUCCCCAAACCCAGCGUUGGUGGCAUCCCCCUUCCUGGCUCUGGAUCCAACCAGACAGACCGGGAGAAGGGGGUGUCCUCUGAAGCCAGUCCCACAGCCCAGGGAGCCAGGCAACCAGGGGGAAAGUACCCGGACGUCUCCUCCCCUACCAUGCGCAGACUGUUCGGAGGCAAGCAGGCUAAGCAGCAGGCCCCAGUCACCACCGCAGAGAACAUGAAGAACUCCACCGUCAUCUCCAACCUCCAAGCCAACUCUGGCCAGCAGGGUGGCGCUCUGGACUCCCCCUCGGCCAGUAGCGGGGGCAGUAGCCCUCUGUAUGGGGGUGGAGGUCGUCUGGGUGUGGAGGCCCACUCCCUCUCCCCCCUGGCCUCCAGUCCCAGCUCGGCCCUGUCCACCCCCUCCCACAGCCUGGCCUGGAGCAGCACCCUGAGCAGGGACACUCUGAGCCCCGGCUACCCCUCCCUCAGCAGCCUUGCCACCAGCAGCGAGUCCAUCGACCUGUCUCUGGGCAGCGGAGGCCACGGACACCACGGCCCUGGUCACGACACACUGCCAGCCUGCGUCAGGAACAACGGCAUCAAAACUGGCUUCUCAGACAGGUACGGCCACCUGCCCCAGCUACGUAGUCAUGACGACCCCCGGGAUUGGCUGCGUUCCCACUCUGCAGGAGGUCUUCAGGAGUCUGCCGCCAGCUCACCCUUCUACCCCACCUCCAGCCUCACCUCGCCCUCCGGAGCCCGCUUCAACUUCUCCCAGCUUGGCAGCCCUACCACGGCGGCACAGAUCAACCUGGCAAACCUCCGCAGCGGCCUGGCCAAUCAGGACGGUUCGUAUGACCCAUACAAUGACCCCCGUCUGAGGAACUCGUCCAUGUCUCUAGAGGAGAAGAGUCGCACCAUGACCAGCUCUGGGUCCUUCAGAGAAGGCCUGGAGGAGGUCCACGCCUCCUCUGUGUCUCUGGUGUCCAGCACUUCGUCUGUCUACUCCACGCCUGAGGAGAAAGCUCAGUCAGAGAUUCGUAAACUGCGGAGAGAAUUGGACGCCUCCCAAGAGAAGGUGUCUGCUCUGACCACUCAAAUGAGUGCUAAUGAUCACCUGGUAGCAGCAUUUGAGCAGAGCUUGGGGAACAUGACCAUCCGACUCCAGGGACUUACCACCACGGCUGAAGGGAAGGAUUCUGAGCUAAACGAGCUGAGGAAGACCAUAGAACACCUGAAGAAGCAGAAUACCACAGUCCAGGCAGCCAUCAACUGUGACAUCAAUCUCCCAGAGCCCUCCUGCAACGGUGAUAGGUCAGCUUCAGCCAAUGAGAGCUCCCAGCCUCAGCCGGACCUGCGUAUCCACAGACAGCACUCAUCUGACAGUGUGUCCAGCAUCACAAGCGCCACCAGCCACUCCAGUGUGGGCAGCAACCAGGAGCUGGACUCCAAGAACAAGAACAAGAAGAAGAACUGGCUACGGAGCUCCUUCAAGCAGGCAUUUGGGAAGAAGAAGUCGCCCAAGUCUGCGUCCUCCCACUCGGACAUUGAGGAGAUGACCGACUGUUCCCUGCCCUCCUCCCCCAAGCUAACAGCAUAUAACUGCUCCACCACCUCUACACCCAUGCUCCAGAACUCCCACUCCAACUCUUUGAUCUCAGAGUACACAGACAGCGAGGCGGAGAAGGUGAUGGGGCUCCGCAGUGAGCUCCGAGACAAGGAGAUGAAGCUGACUGACAUACGCCUGGAGGCCCUCAGCUCCGCCCACCAGCUGGACCAGCUCAGGGAGUCCAUGAACCGCAUGCAGGGCGAGAUAGAGAGGCUGAAGACCGAGAAUGACUGCUUGAAGAUGGAGAGUCAGGGCAGCUGCAGCAGAGCAGCCUCACAGGCCUCAGUGGCCUCACCCUCAGCUGGCCAGUCAAAGCACGGCCUCGCCCUAACAGAGUCCACCAGCCUCGACAUGCUGUUGGAGGACAACGGGGACGGUAGCUCACGGAAAGAAGGACAACACGUCAAGGUGGUCGUAACUCUGGAUGAGGACACCAAGUGGAAAGAGGACCGUAGACCUCGUCAGUUCCUGAUUGGUUGCAUUGGUGUCAGUGGGAAAACUAAGUGGGAUGUGCUUGAUGGGGUGGUCAGACGUCUCUUCAAGGAGUACAUCAUCCAUGUGGACCCAGUCAGCCAGCUGGGUCUAAACUCAGACAGUGUCCUGGGCUAUAGCAUCGGGGACAUCCAUCGCACCAGUGGGGCUGACACCCCUGAACUCCUUCCCUGUGGAUACCUUGUUGGAGAUAGUGACACCAUCUCUGUCUCCCUCAAAGGUGUGUGUGAGCACAGCCAGGACAGCCUGGUAUUCGAGACACUGAUUCCCAAGCCCCUGCUGCAGCGCUACGUGUCCCAGCUGCAUGACCACGGCAGGAUCAUCCUGUCUGGCCCCAGCGGCACUGGAAAGAGCUUCCUGGCCAGCCGGUUGGCCGAACACAUGGUGCUGAGGGAGAGGAGAGAGGUCACCGAUGGGACCAUUGCCACGUUCAACGUAGACCACAAGUCAAGCAAGGAGCUGUGUCAGUACCUGUCUAACCUGGCUGACCAGUGUAAUAGUACGAGUCAUGGGGUGAACAUGCCCCUGGUGGUCAUACUGGACAACCUGCACCGCAGCAGCUCCCUGGGAGAGGUCUUCAAUGGCCUGCUCAGCUGCAAGCACCACCACUGUCCUUAUAUCAUUGGAACAAUGAAUCAGGCUACAUCGACCACUCCCAACCUCCAGCUUCAUCAUAACUUCAAGUGGGUGCUGUGUGCCAACCACACUGAGCCAGUGAAGGGCUUCCUGGGUCGGUUCCUGAGGAGGAGGCUGAUGGAGACGGAGAUCAGCAGCCGACAGCGCAACGCUGAGCUGGUGAGGAUCAGCGAGUGGAUCCCUACAGUCUGGCAUCACCUCAACCGCUUCCUGGAGUCCCAUAGCUCCUCGGACGUCACCAUCGGGCCCCGCCUCUUCCUGUCCUGCCCCAUGGAUGUGGAGGGAUCCAGAGUGUGGUUCACAGAUCUGUGGAACUAUUCCAUCAUUCCCUACAUGCUGGAGGCUGUCCGAGAGGGGCUGCAGCUGUAUGGGAGGAGAGCUCCAUGGGAGGAUCCAGCACAGUGGGUGAUGGAGAGCUAUCCAUGGGCAGCCAGCCCCCUGCAGCACGAAUGGACCCAGCUGCUGAAGCUCCGGCCAGUGGACGUGGGAUUCGAUGGAUACUCCAUCUCCAAAGACGGCUGUCCCAGCAAGCAGCUUCCCCAGGGAGACACUAACGGAGACCCCCUGAUGAACAUGCUGAUGAAGCUAAAGGAAGCGGCCCACUGCUCCGCCAGCACUCAGAGUUACGACAGUGACUCCAACAGCAACCAGGAUCACCAUGACAACACCGUGCUUGACUUAUCACUGGAGUCCACACUAUGAGUCUCACUGGGUCAGAAUAUACUCACUGUGGCUGGGACUCAUCCUAACUUGAGAUACCUUUGUGUUAAUCAUCCAUUGACAUCAAUGGGAGACUGAUAUGAGGUUAUGUAUUUGAAGUUAGAAUUUGGACCACUGUGUUUCAUAUCUUUAGGCAGACAUAUUACAUAGUAGUUGGAACUCACUACUUUCCAAAAAGGGUUCUUCAAAGGGUUCUCCUAUGGGGACAGCCGAAGAACUCUUUUAGGUUCUAGAUGGCACCUUUUGUUCUAAGAGUGUAGGCCUUACAGGGCUAUUAAAUUACGGUCCUGAAGGGAUGAAAUACUUCUGGUUUUUCAUCCUCUCCUUCUAAUUCAGAUCUGGAAACCACUUGAAUACAAUUAACUACCAGAUAGAAACAAAAAAACUGAAAUGUUUCGCCCCUCCAGGACCGGAAUUUAAUAGCCUUGGGCCAUACUGGGUGCUGGUAACCCAAGAUAAAAAUCCCAGUCAAAGUUCAAUAACCUGAAUAAUUUCAACUCAGUACUCUACUAUUUUCAGUGUUUAUUAGGAGUCUGUUUACAAUCACAGGCAAAGACAGUCAACCAUAUGAAUAAAUGACAGAGCUUAUGAGAUGUCAAACCGGUUGACUUGACUGUGACCUAACCUAGGCUAUAGCUUAUGAGAUGUCAAACCUGUUGACUUGACUGUGACCUAACCUAGGCUAUAGCUUAUGAGAUGUCAAACCUGUUGACUUGACUGUGACCUAACCUAGGCUAUAGCUUAUGAGACGUCAAACCUGUUGACUUGACUGUGACCUAACCUAGGCUAUAGCUUAUGAGACGUCAAACCUGUUGACUUGACUGUGACCUAACCUAGGCUAUAGCUUAUGAGAUGUCAAACCGGUUGACUUGACUGUGACCUAACCUAGGCUAUAGCUUAUGUGAUGUCAAACCGGUUGACUUGACUGUGACCUAACCUAGGCUAUAGCUUAUGAGACGUCAAACCUGUUGACUUGACUGUGACCUAACCUAGGCUAUAGCUUAUGAGACGUCAAACCUGUUGACUUGACUGUGACCUAACCUAGGCUAUAGCUUAUGAGAUGUCAAACCGGUUGACUUGACUGUGACCUAACCUAGGCUAUAGCUUAUGUGAUGUCAAACCGGUUGCCUUGACUGUGACCUAACCUAGGCUAUAGCUUAUGAGAUGUCAAACCGGUUGCCUUGACUGUGACCUAACCUAGGCUAUAGCUUAUGAGACGUCAAACCUGUUGACUUGACUGUGAACUAACCUAGGCUAUAGCUUAUGAGAUGUCAAACCGGUUGCCUUGACUGUGACCUAACCUAGGCUAUAGCUUAUGUGAUGUCAAACCGGUUGCCUUGACUGUGACCUAACCUAGGCUAUAGCUUAUGAGAUGUCAAACCGGUUGCCUUGACUGUGACCUAACCUAGGCUAUAGCUUAUGAGACGUCAAACCGGUUGCCUUGACUGUGACCUAACCUAGGCUAUAGCUUAUGAGAUGUCAAACCGGUUGCCUUGACUGUGACCUAACCUAGGCUAUAGCUUAUGAGACGUCAAACCGGUUGACUUGACUGUGACCUAACCUAGGCUAUAACUUAUGUGAUGUCAAACCGGUUGACUUGACUGUGACCUAACCUAGGCUAUAACUUAUGUGAUGUCAAACCGGUUGCCUUGACUGUGACCUAACCUAGGCUAUAGCUUAUGUGAUGUCAAACCGGUUGCCUUGACUGUGACCUAACCUAGGCUAUAGCUUAUGAGACGUCAAACCUGUUGACUUGACUGUGACCUAACCUAGGCUAUAGCUUAUGAGAUGUCAAACCGGUUGCCUUGACUGUGACCUAACCUAGGCUAUAACUUAUGUGAUGUCAAACCGGUUGACUUGACUGUGACCUAACCUAGGCUAUAACUUAUGUGAUGUCAAACCGGUUGACUUGACUGUGACCUAACCUAGGCUAUAACUUAUGUGAUGUCAAACCGGUUGCCUUGACUGUGACCUAACCUAGGCUAUAGCUUAUGAGAUGUCAAACCGGUUGCCUUGACUGUGACCUAACCUAGGCUAUAGCUUAUGAGACGUCAAACCUGUUGACUUGACUGUGACCUAACCUAGGCUAUAGCUUAUGAGACGUCAAACCGGUUGCCUUGACUGUGACCUAACCUAGGCUAUAGCUUAUGAGAUGUCAAACCUGUUGACUUGACUGUGACCUAACCUAGGCUAUAGCUUAUGAGAUGUCAAACCGGUUGCCUUGACUGUGACCUAACCUAGGCUAUAGCUUAUGAGAUGUCAAACCGGUUGACUUGACUGUGACCUAACCUAGGCUAUAGCUUAUGUGAUGUCAAACCGGUUGACUUGACUGUGACCUAACCUAGGCUAUAGCUUAUGUGGUCCAAACUAAGUAGCAAUAACUGGAUAUACAUUCACUCAGCUGCAUAGAGCUUGACCUGUGUGCAUUUUCUUAGUGGAGAGGCACACACCAUGGUGGACAUAUUUUUUAUGCUUAACUUUCAAAUGAUGCCUUGCUACUUUUAUAACAACGGUGGUAACACGCAUGCCUUUAAUGAACAUGAUUUCUAUAGAGGCUGUGCAGAAUUUAGGUGCUGGCUGCUAGCUUGUUCAGACUUUGAUGAAAACACAUCCUUUCUGUGCACCUAGCGGGUAGCAAAAAGGUCUAGGCUUUUGUUAGGGAUUUUUUUAAAUCAGUGAUACUUAUAGGAUUUUUGGUGCUCUGCUUGGGAAAAUGUGAACUUAUUGACAGAAAAUGUUUUUUUAUAUUACCUCAUGAGCGUUUCAAACAGUAUCCCAACAGUGCUUGUUUGUCUUUUGUUCAGCUCAAAACGGAGCGCAAUCCCUGCAUGAAAUGUUUCAACCCAGUGUUUCUCUUAUAGAGGCACUUUGGACAUGUAGACCCACAUCUGAAAGGUCCCAGUCUAGAAAAGGAUCAGAGCGACUGCAUGGCUUUGAGACAGAGGCUGGCGUGUCUAGUCGUUCACUCUGGAGAAUUAGCACCAGGGCCAUUUGCAUCAAGUGUUAAUGGGAUCCUCAGUGUUGCUGUAUUGGAGUGACUAGGAUUUAUUCCCUCAUAAGAUGGAGUUUUUUCAGAGUGGCUUAUGCUACUACUAGGUACCACUUUGGUUGCUCCCCCUCACAAGGUCCCCAUUAUCUGCCAGUGUUGUUGCUGUUGCUGUUCAUCCUCUGAGUGUUCUUAGAAACAAAUGCUAUGCAAAUUUCAUUUGGAAUUUUAGACUAAAGCCAAAACAAAAAUUCACUUCCAUUUUUACGUAUUCUCAAGAGUUCUAUUGUAAGUACAUUGAUCUGUGAAUAUUUUUGUGAGGUUUGUAUUUUCACUACCAUAUCUUACUGGAUUGUAAAGGGUGAUGCAAGCACAAAUAGAAAACGUUUGUUUUUCUUUUCUUGGUCCCACAAAGUUUGGAUGUUGGAAUGUUGUGAAAAAGGUGUGCUAUUGAAUCUAGUUGUUAAUAAUGUUUAAUAAUUAUUUUAUAUGUGCAUUUUGCUUAUGUAAAUUGUUUUAUGUAAAGAUGUAAAUAUUUUAUCUGAAUCCCAUGUUUUGAAAACAUUUCUAGAAAUCUUGUACAGAAAUAGAGAGUAGUAAUUUGUGUACAGUUUGGUUUACUCUGUAGAUUGUAUGUUGUUAAUAUGUUGUCAAUAAUAGAUGUGAAAUAUCAUGAGACUGUGAGAAUAAAUCUGGUCACGAUA